AUGGGAAGCAAGCGCUCUUGCGCGGACGUGGAGGACGAGAACGAAGCGAAGCGCGCCAAGACCACAGAGCCGGCGACGUACGAAGUCCGAUUGGGAGAAGAGAUUUACGUUAACGUCGACUUUCUUUACAAUUUCCCGACAUACAAGACCUACUUCGCGAAGCAAUACGGCCGAUCUGUCGCAAGCUUUAUUAAGAAAGGAAACCUUCAAGUGGUUUGCGUGGCUAAGAAGGACGUUGACAACGGCAAGCUGGCGGUAAAACCGUUGUAUGCCCCCAAGUCGGAUGUGCAUUUAGCGAAGAAGAACGAUCGCAUCGCUGAGCUGAUCAAUCUCGCGAAGACCAAAUCCUAUCCUCUUGCUCCGCCUGUAAUCACAGACGAUGAUCUUGCCUUCUUCGUGGACAAGAGUGGCGAGAGGUACGAGGUGGAAAUGCGCGGCAAGCGUACCAUGGAGGGCAUCUACUUCAGGGUCAGAGACGUGGGUAUUGUAUUCGGGAGUCCCGGUUGCCAGAAAUCAUCCAGCGAGAUAGGAGUACAUACACUGCCGCUAUGGACUACGUCACUUUGCAAAUUCACACCGCCGGUGGGAAUCAGCAGAGUGCCGAUCUCCCUGUUCAAGAACAUCUCCAGAAGAGUGACAUCUCACUAG